AUGUUCGCGAACGAUAGUGUUUUGGCUGAAAGAAUUGACGCCGCGAGGCCAGCCGAUUUGGUGCUUCUGCAUAAAAUUUUGUACUGCGAAAACACGACCUUGAACUGGAUAAGGAGAAAAGUGAUGCGAUUUGAAGGCUUUGAUUUCGAACGACAGUCUCCAGAGUUUGAGGUUAGGUUGCAGAUAAUCGAAAAUGCGGAUCCGGAAUGUUUGAAAACGACGUGUGAGCUUUUUGAUGUUCCCCUCGGAGAAGAUGCUAGUUCGAAGCAGGUUAUGGCUGAAACGUUAAUGGAACGACUUUUUUUGGAAGGCAAUGUAACUACAAAACACAAAAAAGUUCAAGAGCGUCCGGCGUCUUUGCUUGCACAAACCACCGAACUCGGAUUUUCAACGCAGUCUUUGGAACGACCGUUACAGAAAUCUUCAAACCAAAAAGUGAACCUGGCGGCCAGGAGUGUUUUGUCAUCUAGAAGUGCUCAGUUAACAGUGAUGAAAGCAAAACUGGAAACGGAAAUAAAAUUAGCAGCGAUGGAAGAGCAGGAAGCACUACAGCGGAAGCAGAGGCAAGAGAAGCUACUGAAAGCUGAACUGGCUGUGAAAAUUGCGGAAGCGGAAUUAGAGGAGGAGUUGGCAGAACAACACGCGCAGAACUCGGAUUUUAACAUACAGGAUGAGGAUCCUCUGGAACGUGUGCAACAGUGGGUACAGAAUUUGCAAAGUCAAGCUUCAACCUCAUCAGCCGAACUAACUUUACGUCCAACGAACUCCAAUCAAAUUCUACCGCGGGUGCCGAGCUUACCACAGGAGAACCUCGUACAACAUGAACUACCCAGAGAUAAUGCUAGAACAACUGAUACACGUUCCUCCACACAACGUGACUCUGGACAAUUACGUGGAGAUGCUAACGCUGAAAUGCUGCAGAUUACUAAAUCUAUGCAACGCAUGUUGGCUAGAAGUUCGGGAAGUAAUAAUCUACCGACGUUUGAUGGUAAUGUACGUGAGUGGCAAUUGUUUAUUAACCAAUAUCGUUUAACCACAGCAGCAGGAGAGUAUUCAGGGUUUGAAAACGUUGUUCGGCUGAAUAAAUGCCUUGUAGGAAAGGCACGUGACGCAGUUCAACACAUGCUCUUGACGUCAGAUGAUGGCGAAAAGAUAAUAGAGGCGCUUGAACUUCGCUUUGGAAGACCGGAACUUCUACUGCGGGCGCUAAUAAACGAAAUUAGAAACCUUCCAUUAGUAUCGGACUGGGAGUCCUUCAUUGAGUUCGACGGUGUAGUUCGAAACCUAGCAUCAGGAAUAAAAGGUUUGAAGCAACACGUCUACAACCCGGAACUUUUGGGACUACUUUUGCAAAAGCUGCCGCAGUACCAGAUUAUGAUGUGGGGUCGGCAUAUUACGGAGUGUGCUAUCAACGAUCCAACUGUUCUAGAUUUUGCAGCAUGGGUGGAGAAAACCGGAAAGUACGCUGCAUCUAUAAAUUGUACCUUGACUGCCGGAGGAUUCUUCGACGAACAUAAUCGAUUGGCCGAACCCGUUGUGAGAAACGAAAUCCGUAAAAGUGGUGUCAAGAAAUGUGUAGUUUGUCACAAGGACGUACAUGAUUUAACGUCAUGUGAUGCGUUUAAGUCAGCCGAACCAAAACGCAGAUUUCAAAUUGCUAUCGAAUCGAAACUGUGCUUUUGUUGUUUGCGCACUCAUAGUGGACGUUGUGAUCGACGGCAGCUGUGCCCAGUUGAAGGAUGCAGCCGGUACCAUCAUGCCCUGUUGCAUAAGGGAGAAGUGGUGACAUCAAUUCCUUCUGUCACACAACAUAAACCAGGAGUUAACGUGAUGAAAAGUGAUCAGCAAGUGGUUCCCCAGGCGCUUUUGAAAAUGGUGACCGUGAAGAUUCGUGGACCAAAAGGAGUGAUUGAAGUUCCUACUUUGAUCGACGAGGGAUCUAGUUUGACUAUUAUUGAUGUUUCAAUUGUCAAGAUCCUGGGAAUAUCUGGCAGCAAACAACGACUCUGUUGCACAUUGAUGGGUGGAAUGCAGCGAGUGGAUGAAAGUUCUGAGCUUGUCCAAAUAGAAGUCGGAGAGAAUCUUGCGGAUAAGCAAUUCUUUUGCUUGACCGGAGUGCGGACAAUUCAAAAAAUGAAUCUCGCCGGUCAAAAAGUCAACGUUCCAGAAUUAUUGGCACGAUUUCCAUAUGUGAACAAAGCUGAUUUGAACUGUUUGAAUGGAGAACCACCGUUAUUGCUCAUAGGACAACCGCAUUUGAACAUUAUCAAGACGACGGAAAUUUGCCAACCUGAUCCUAUUGCUCCAGCUAUCUCUAAAUGUCCUUUGGGAUGGGUGGAGCAUGGACCAAUGAGGAUGAAGUCGGAUGAAAACUAUGCAACGGUGAAUAUGUGCUGCGAAUCAGAUGAAAAUCUUCACGAUCUCGUGGCAUCGCACAUCAUGCUUGAAAAUAUGGGAGUCGUAAUCAGUACACCAGAUCGACAGCGUUCCGAGGAUGACAGAUGGGCCCUGAAUGUUAUGGAAAAAUCUACUUGUUUUGUUGAUGGCCAGUUUGUUGUGGAUCUACCGUAUAGGAAUACAAUACCAUUCCCUGAAAGUAGAAAGAUGGCAUUAUCACGUUUAAAAUGUACUGAACGGAAGCUUGCUAAGAGGGGCAUUGAAGACAAGUACGCGGAAAAAAUGCAAGACUAUAUUGACAAAGGUUAUGCCGUUCCUGUUUCGGAAGAAGAUCUUAAAAUAUCCAGGAAUAAUAUGUGGUACCUGCCCCAUUUUCCAGUUGAAAACAGUAUGAAGCCAGGAAAAAUAAGAAUUGUAUUUGACGCAGCUGCAAAAUCAAACGGUAUGUGCUUAAACGACGUUCUCAUCACAGGGCCAGAUCUUCUCAAAUCUUUGCAAGGAGUACUGUUGCGGUUUCGACGGGGGAAAAUUGGAUUUGUUGGUGACGUUAAGGAAAUGUUCAACAGGAUUUGGAUAUCGGAAAAAGACAGCUGGUCACAGUGCUUCGUUUAUCGUCACAACCCAGAUGACAUCGUCCAGACAUUCCGAAUGAAAGCGAUGGUUUUUGGAGCAAACUCUUCUCCGUUUAUUGCUCAUUAUAUAAAAAAUUAUAACGCCCAGCUUCAUGCCAGCGAAUACUCCGAUGCCAGCAAUGCCAUUGUACAUGACCAUUAUGUCGAUGAUUUUCUGGGGAGCGAAGACGACGUGUUCAAGGCAGCAGAAUUAAUACAGGAUGUCAUCCAAGUGCACAAAUCAGGAGGAUUUGAAAUCAGAAAUUUUCGCUGCAGCUCCAAGAAAGUGAUGAAAACUAUACCAAAGGCCUGCAAGCAGAAACAAAUGAUACAAAUAUAA